CAACAAAGAGAGUCGUUCUACCCUAUGUAAAGAACAUCUCCGAGAUGACAGCAAGAUUAUUCAAACGGCACGGUCUUACAGUGGCCCACAAACCAACUGCCACAUUGAGGAGAACUCUGUCGAACCCCAAAGCUAGACCCGAAACACACGAAAGACGAAAUGUUGUUUACAAGAUACGAUGUCAAGAUUGUGAUAAAAACUAUGUGGGUCAAACAGGAAGACGACUGUCAACAAGAAUACAAGAGCAUAAGAGAGCUUGUAAGAACCAUUACGCUCUCUCACUGAUUUCAAUACAUACAGACGAAGAAGGACAUCACUUCGAUUGGAACAACACAGAAGUCCUAGCAAAAGGAGAGACACGGAAAGGAAGAGAGUUCCUCGAAGCAUGGUACUCAACGCAGCAUUCGAUAAACAUGCACAUAGAGAUUGAUCCAGUGUACCAAACGUUAAGACGGAGGGAACUAAAACACCUUAAAAAAAGAAGAAACCGUCGUGGUCGGCUAAACGAGCCAUCAACAACACAUCAACAACAGCCGGGGCAAAACCAUCCCACGGAUCGCCCGUAUCUAUCAGAGUUGGGCGGACCGGUGAAGGUCACGGGCACAGAUCGAGGCCAGUUCAAAAGUCACUUGCUGAUCGAUCACAAAUCGACGAACAAGUCAGCGGAUUAGAUUGGACCCAGCAGCGCACUGACGAAGUCACCUCGCUUGGUGAUGAAACGUUUGCAUCCCAACUCCGAAGCUCG